CGCUGUCAGCUAAUUCCCCUAAUCAGGAGGAGGCUUUGGAGAGGCUACUUGAGGGUGAUCCAGACACCUCGAGGAAAUUCCACUUUAGCAGCUGGGUUCGCCGUGUUAACCAUGGUGCGGCUGGUACCUUAAGUUAAGGACCCAUGAAGCAGAGGGGCCUGAGGCACCUCCCCCAGGCAACGAUGCACAGUUAUGGAGUUUGAAGCCUAUGCCAAUCCUUUCAAGAAGGUAACCGGAGAAACCCCCGGUUGAUAUCCCUUCCCCUAGAGGAGCUAUAGUUCGUGAUGGGGCUACGUCUUUGAGAGGCCGGUGAGAUUGGGCACUAAAUGGUGGACCGCCUCCUUGAAGGCCGAUCUUCUAUUGUUUCAUGGCUCAAGGGUAUCCUCUAGGUGGCUAAGGAGGAGAUCCCGAUGCAUGUGGCCAAGAACAAAGAGAUGUCCCUCGUCUUCGCUAAUAAGACUCAAGAGGUGGCCAAGUUGACAGGUUUGGACGAGGAGGUGGAGAAGGAGCAAAAAGAACUUCAGGUGGAGAACACCCGAUUGAUGGAUGAAAACAGCCGGGUGAUGGAAGAGAACUCCGCACUUAGGAUAAGCGUGGAGCACAAGGAGUCAAAUCUCCCAGUUGAGGUUGUGGCUUCAGCGAAAUAGCAUCAAGCCGAACUUGCGCCGGAGCUUCUCACCUCCCCGAGGCCACACUGGACCUCUUCAAGACCCUUUACCGGGAGCAUGAGGGGAAGAUG